GAUUGUCCAUAGGUGGUAGACGGUCUCUGACUGUCGAACGGGGAGGUACCACCCGGCGGAUCUCGUAGGCGGAGCCAGAAUGUGUGCAUGUUGCAUGCACACGUGUUCCCUCGCCAGAGUCCGUGUGGCGUUCCCCCUUUCCCAUGUAUCCCCCUAUAGCCCCACGGUACCCAAUGGGUGCUUAGGCCUUAGGCCUUCGUGGUAGUUGGAGUAUAAAAAAAGUAGAGGGAACUGAAGGAACUAAGUGCAGAUACCGAUAAUAAACUGUAGUGCAGUGAUUUAA